GUAAAUUACCGGUAAAAAACGCGUCAAUGACCAAGCCUGUUUUACCAUACCGGUCAGAAAAAUGCUGAUCUCUGAUUGGUUAAUACAUGUCCAAUCACAGUUUAGAAUUCCCAACGGCAUACAACUGUUUAUUUGUUCUAUCAGAUAAGGAUUUUCAUUGAGAACUUGGUGCAAUGGGGGAGAACAAAUCAAUAUAUAAACAUUUCUCUGCAUUACCUCUGCAACCUAACCAAAAAUUAAAAUCGUAUUCAUGUAACUAUUGCAAGAAAAAGUAUGCAGAAAACAUUACUCGCAUGCGAAAACAUCUUUAUAAAGAGUGUAGAAGUUGUCUUCAAGACUUACGGAAACUUUUAAAACCAUGUAAACCUCGUAAACGAAAUAAUUCUCAUCUAAACAGCACAGACGACUCAUUUACUAUUGAAGAUUUGAAUGAAGCAGACAAUAGAGCAAGUACUUCAAUGAUUUCAAAUGAAAAUUUACCAAAUAAUAUAAGUGUUUGUAGCAAUAACUAUAAAAAAAAUACAAUCGAUAGUUUUUGUGAUAAAAUGUCAAAAAAAGAUGAAGAUUCUCUACAAGAACUACUUGCAGAAGCGAUUUAUGCAUCUGGUACACCAUUAUGUAUAACAGAAAAUCCAUAUUGGCUAAAAUUUUUUAACGCAUUACGGCCUUCAUUUAAUUUGCCAUCAAGAAAUCAAAUAUCAAAUAAUCUUUUAGAUUCAGUAUUCGUUAGAACACAAAAUAUGGUUAAUGAAAAAAUUGAAUCUGCUACUACUGUUGGAGUGCAAUGUGACGCAUGGUCUAAUAUUCGCAAAGAAGGAAUCAUCAAUUUUAUUGUAACAACCCCAGCGCCAGUUUUUUUCAAAACAUUUCCAACUGGAACCGAAUCACAAACUGCCUUAUAUAUUUCUGAAAAAAUAGGAAGUGUUAUUGAUGCUUUGGGAAUUAAAAAAGUUAUCGGAAUUUGUACAGAUAAUUGUGCUGCAAUGAAAAGUGCUUGGACUUUGAUAGAUCAAAAGUAUAAUGUCGACAAAUUGUAUUGUUAUGGUUGUGCUGCUCACAUUCUUAACCUACUCAUGAAAGAUAUUGGUAGUCAAGCAACUGUUGAAACUUUGGUGACAAGUGCAACAGCUAUUGUAAAAGGAAUAAAGAAGUACAAAUAAUGUCAGCGAUUUUCAAAGAAAUUCAAUCUCAAGAUGAAUCUACUAUAAUUAUGAUUGACAGUCUUUGUGUUAAUAAGCAUAAUCUUCAGGCUUUAGCAAUUUCUUCAAAGGCUAUUACAUUAUGGAAACCUGCUUCUCGUGCUCUUGUACUAAAUGAAGAAUUUUGGAAUAAUCUUCAACAAAUUCUUCAAUUGAUGAAACCGAUUGUAAAGUGGAUAAAUAUUUUAGAGGGUGAUAACCCUUUAAUAAAUAAAGUACCUGAAUGUUUUUAUGAUUUAUAUAAUCAUUUUAAUAAUGCAUUUAAUAAUAUUGGAAAUAUUUUUUCGGAAGAAGAAAAGCUGAGCAUAUAUACUUGUUUAGAAAAUCGUAAAACUAUGGCUCUACGGCCCAUACAUUAUGCAGCUAACUUACUUGAUCCUCAAUUAAAAGGAAAAAAUUUAAAUAGGUCAGAAAUGGUUGAAGCUCAUCAAUUAAUUAUAAAUCUU